AACCUCGUGCAGAAGCAGCCUCCUAUCAUAUUAGAGCAUCAACUCUGAAAAACAUCUGUUGCCAAACGUGAUUGUUGCAAUGAUCUAGGAAGUAAUUUGAAUUAGAAUAUAAAAUUGGACUUUUUCUGCAUCUUUCUAUCAUUAAAUGACGCCAUAGCAUCAAUUCACCUGCCCUUGCAUACGAAUUGCAGAACGCUUUAACCAGCGUUCAAAGUUAAGAAUAGACUUUGCAGUACGUUUUUGAUUGAGAAAACAUUGAGUACUGUUUUUAAGGUUUUGAUUACUUAAGUGGGGCGCUUUUUCGAGGGUGAGCUCUUUUUUGAGGAAAUACGAUACGUUGCCGAUUGAAUACGUAACGUUAGGUCUAUUGUAUAGUCAAACCAAUGGGAAAUUUAAUUGGCCUUCGAAAUGCUUUGGGACUAAGUGUCUUUGACUGAAUAAGAUUCUUCCUGAUCUUUGCAUCAUGCUAAGAUUCAGCAGUAUUUUUUUGAAAUGCUGUCUAAAAAUACAUUAGUUAGCUUCACUACAACGGGAACACAGCCAUUUGAUUCAAAAGCUAAGGAAUAAGAGUUGUCUCUGAUUGGUUUAAAUCGAUUAAUUAUCGAUCAAGCUCAACGGUGCGUGAAUUUCACUCCCGUGAAAAUAAAGGUGAGUAGAAUAGGGGACAGACUGCCUUUAAUGACGAAAUUGAUUAAUUCAAUUUGUAUGUACAAUUGCUGGUGUUCUCAACUAGCAAGAAAAACUCGUGAAUACAUAUGACGCAUGCCACGUAGCAGGCGGUUAAAAAUCAAUUGCUGCUUAACAAGUCUGGCUGUAUGGUUCUAGAAAGGUGUCUUUAUGAAUACUGAUGUUAUGACGCAUUCAUUCAGCUGUCUCUAUAGCAUGUGGCCUUUUCAAUAAAGCAGGGGUGGGCAACCUACGUGGGCCAGAAUCCGGCCCGGGAAGAAAAUUUUUGUGGCCUGCAAAAAUAUCAUAUUAUAAUUUUUUUGUUUGGCAAGGAUGAUUUUCUGAAGAUUUGCAAAUAUUGAAUGAAAAAUAUCGAUUCAAAAUGCGAUCAUCUAAUAUCUUCAUCAAACCUGGGUCUCAUUUGUUCUCUAUCUGUUGUCUCGAAUUCAUCUUGCUUAAAGAUAGGGCAGCAGAAUCUUUGAGGGACAGGGCUCACUCUGACAAAGUUUUUCAAGGAUUCUGAUGUUGUUCUAACGGCAUGGGAUAAUCGUUUGGAUUAAAUCUUUUUCCGCAACUUUAACUUUGGAUGCCCCAAUUCAUAAUCUGCAAUUUCUAUUAAAGAUUUCUAUUAAAACUAGCUUUUUACUACAAUCUUAUCAAUGAGGCUUAGAUUCCAAACAAAGAUUUAUAUGCUUCUCAGUGUGAAAAAGUGAAGAGACAACAAAUCAACUUCCAAGUUCUUUCUGCUUUCAAUCAAAAACGUACAAUCACUGCGAAAAUUACUUGGAACACCCAACACUUUGCGCUGUGCUUUUCUAUUUUUCAUUUGUUUUCCCGAAUACAACUACUACCGUCCCCCUUUCCCCCAAAACAAUGCUGAAAGGAUAGAAAAAUAUCAUACAAGGCACACGAAAAAGCGUACUCCACAACCCCUUCCUUUUUUCUAAAGUAAAUCAACAUUGUUGUUAGGGGGAGAGGGGGUGGCUGAAUUUGCCUUUGAAAACUGACGUUAGUGUUCCAAGACUUUUGUACGUGAUUGUACGUGCGCAUUGCCGUCAUCUGCGUAUUUUGAUAGAGAACCAAGCUAUUUUGAAAAGCUCUAGAACACAAUGCUCAUAGACAAAUUAACAAUCAAAAUAAGACAGGUACCAUAACAAUUCCGUCCUAUAUAAGAAGAUGAGAUCAUGAGAAAUGUUAAUUGACCAAAUAUGUUAUGCUUGUUGAAAGAAAGUACAUAGAGAGGAAUUUUUAUUGUCAAAGAUGAUGAGGAAAAUAUUGGUGUUUAUAUUCAUAAUAUAUUUAAUUGACACUGGCUUUCAAAAUUUUAUAAGAUUGGGCUGCAAAACAUAUACAGAUUUCAAUGUGGUAUUGGAAAACAUUGGUGACAAAUCAAAUAUCAUAAAAUAUGUUGUAUCAAAAGGAAGAAAAGAAUGCGUUCUUGAGUGUGUGUCUGUGGAUUGUUGUAGAGCAGUGAACUUUGAGAGAGCAACUGGAAAGUGUGAGUUGGUUGAGCGGGGUUUCACAUCCAGCUUAGUGGAGAGACCUGGAUGGACGUAUUUAACAAACAAAGGCAGAUCAAAGAACCAUGGGCCUAAUUGCAGCACCUUAUCGCCUUGUCAGAACAAAGGCAAGUGCUUUGACAAAUGCGCUGAUCCGGGAUUCGAAUGUAUUUGUGACAGUAUGUACACAGGGAAAUAUUGUGAGCAAGUAAAGGAGUUUGCGAGUUGUAAAGCAGCUUAUGAGAAUGGAUUUACGACAAGCGGUGUAUACAAACUAACAGGAAUGGGCUACCAUUAUUGUGUCAUGACGUCACUCGGUAAAUGCUCUGGUGCAGGCUGGACACUUAUCAUGAAAACAAAGGGUGGAUUGGAAACAUUUGCAUAUUCUGCAAAUUACUGGACAACUUCCAACACAUAUAACCAAGUGUACACCCUUAAAGAGGGAAUGAAUAUUGGCGAAGAAGCAAAAUUUGAAGCUUACAACAAACUGGCAUUCACUAAAGUUUGUCUUGGCUUCGAGGCUUCAGGAACAAGAAAAUAUUUGCAAAUUGAAAAAAAAUCCAGUUCGAUGCUAGAACUGAUGAAUUCAGGAUAUCAAGCAACAACCCUUGGCCCCUCUGAGUGGCAAAGUGCGAUAAAUGGAAGCAUUCUUUUACCAUACUGCAACCGAGAGGGCUUUAAUGUGCUACCAAGUCUUAAGGCAGUUCGAAUUGGCCUUGCAACAAAUCAAGAAGACGAUUGCAAAACUCCAGACGGAUUUUUAGGCCUUGGCAUUGGUAACCUGGUGAUUUGGUGCGGUAUGAAUGACACAAGAACCGGCAACCAAGAAUGCUAUUCAAAAACUGAUAUAAAGGCGGAUGGCUUUAUUCUUGUGAAGUAAAAGACGGUAUUAUACCUCAUUGCUUCCGGGUUGUUAGGUACAGGGAGCAAUCAAAACACAAUAGCAUUUAGCUGGUGCAUUUCAAAAAGGAAACGAGCAAAAACAUGAGAUAAUCUGCGUAGAGUGAUGAUAAAAAAUGCUUCAAAACCACCUUCAUGCUACGUUUUUUUCACGCAAAUUUUAGUCCGGGGACAAGAGAACUUGUGUGUAAUUGGAUCCGGAAAAGAAUUAUGCGUCUCGAAUUUUGAUUUUCCAAGAGUAGCGAUCUUUACGCACCAUGUUGUUAUACGAUAUUCUGAAAGCUCUCUUUAUCAAUUUACAAAUAAAACGGAUAAAAGUAUAUUGUCGAACAUGAAGUAGCAAAAAACAGUUAGAAAACAGUUAGCAAACAACA